AUGAGCUACAACAACGGCGGAGGGUACAACCCCUCAUCGUCGUCAGGGGGUUACAAUCCCUCGGCGCCCUUCGGGCUGGGACGCCCGCCUGCCCCCCGUCCGCCUUUGCCGCCCUUCCCUCCUCGUACAGGCUACGGUGCGCCCCCGCCACGCCCGACUCUAGCCCCUGGAAUGCCGCCUCCCACGCUUCCGCCGGCCGGUACUCCGAGCUACCGUUCGCCGUACGAUGAGUACAACCCUGCGGCUUCGGGAUCUCCUCUCACAUCCACGCCAUCCUACGAUGGAAGUCGAAAGUACGACGACGUGUACGACCCAUACCAGCCGAGUAAUGUUGCGCCGUACGAUCCUUCAGCUCCCUCCGGUCUCAACACCCGCAUGCCGACCCCGAGUACCAGCUACGCGUCAUCUCCCGCUUCAUUUCUCCCGCCCAAGAACCGCGGCGGAGAUAUGUCUGAUCAGCCGAUACUGACUGGCACUAAGCAAGUGACUAUUGGCGAUAUCACGACGAGCGUUUACGACUUGCCCCCGAGCGAGCUCCCGAUCACGAAGUACAUUACUGUCAAUCCGGACGACGCGAUCGUCCUGCAUCGUGCGAUCUGCCAGGCAGGCAAGUCUGAGAGUUUAUGGUACGCGGAAGGCUCGAAUAGGGCUGGAGAGGGCUGGGCAGCUGCGGUUGAGUGGAUUUUGGACGAGGGCAUGAGUCGAUCCAAGAUGCGCGGAUUUGUCGGUCACACAGAUGCUCUGGGAACCGAGCUGGGCGCGAUGCUCAAGGCUGUGGAGGGCUUCCGCGAACAGCUUCAGCAAAGCAUCCGCAACCAAAAACCGAUUAACCAAGAGUUCAUCCUCUUCACUUCAUCACCAUGCGCUAUUGUCAGUCUGGACACAUCAAGUCGCCCUGAAAGCAUCAAGUUCUGCAAGCUGUGGCGGGAGAUCUGCACCGAGUUCCUCAAGGCGCAGCUGACUGUUGUGUGGCUUCCUCGCAGUAACGCUGUCGAAGGUUGGGUUCUUGCCGAGAAGAUCGCCACCGUUGCUGCGACCAACUCGUAUACAAAGCGCAAGAAGGAGCGCUCUUUGGAGGACAUCUACAAUCGUCCCGGCGGUGGCGACCCCCUACCGGGUUCAAGUACCAUUCCCGGUCCCUGGCAGCACGGAGACGCCGACCCCAGUUUCCGCAAGCUGCCUUUCGAGCGCCCGCAGCCGCCGCCCCCUCGUGAGCCGUCGCCACCACCGACACGCCCGUCGCCUGCUGUUUCCUCCCCGAUGCCGUCUGUUGAUCACGAUCACGACGCGGAGCAGCAGGCUGAACCGGAAGAUGAGGGCAUCAGGCCUCGCGCAGACGCUCUAUGUGUCACGAACAAAGGAUCUUGGCAUCCUGUUCGCGCAAUUUGGCGAGAUGUAAGACACCAACCACCCACAAGUGAACUAACAGGCAGUGUCUCUGUCGACAUCUUCUCCAUACCCCCAGUCCACCCCCGUUUCGCCUUUGUGGCGUUCGCCAAACCCAAGCCGUCGAACGCGGAUGCUGUGAAGACCCUUCACCGUCAACCGAUUAAGCUUGACACACCCUUCGCCAAGAAGAACGCCGAAGACCUCACGAUCUGGAAGGGGUGGCCCGGAACGCUUACAGUUGUUGAAUCGACUUCUGACCAGCUCAUUCCGAAAAGCAUUGCUCAAGACUUCCCUGACCUGCCCGCUUACGCUGUGGAGACUCAAGCGACAUCGCCAGGAAGUGAUCUUACCCGCAAGCGAGAGCGAGACGCUCAAGAUAUGACCCCCUCAGGCGUUCCUGAGGACUCACCUUCCAGCAAGCGCGCACGCGCAGAUGCAGCUGCCAAGGAUGCUGUCUCCAACGGCGCGGCGGUUCCGGCUAUCCCUGGUCCCACUACUCUUCGUGCGCAGAUCGAUCUCGUCAAGAAUGUCUUCGUCAAGCACGGGAGGGAGAACUGGAUUGCUCACACUUGUCUGAUUGCUACCGAUCUUGACCAAGUGCGGCGACAGCUGCAAGCUGACCUGUACGCCACGGACGAGGCUGUCAUCACCAGUCGCGAGCUGGAAGGAACCUUAACGUCCAGGGGUUUCAGUCUUCAGAGGAUCGAUGCGUUCGUGAUCAAGACGUUGAAGGUCCUGGACGGGAUCGCUUCGGCAGACGAACUCGAGAGCGGAGGUGCCCAGAAGGCGAAGGGCGAUGACGGCGAUGCCUCCGCUCUGCAAGCCGAGUUGACUGCCCUGCUCAAAGGAUACCCUGCGCAGACUCGCGACGCCAUGGCGGCUGCUGGCACUGUGCUCGAGUACCUGAACCGCGGCAAGGAGGAGCAGGAGAAGAAGCGUCUCGAGCUUGAGCGUCGCGUCGGCGUUAUGGAUGGGAUGGUGAAGAUUGGCGAGCAGGUCAGCAGUGUGGUGAAGUAUCUUCUGAACGGCUGA